CCGGGAUGGGAGGUGGCUGCGCCCCGGGCCUCUGCGCGCUGACCCUUGCCUCCCGCGCCGGGCUCGCUUGAGGGGCGGCCCCAUCCACGGCGGCCUCCGGAGCAAGGCUCGGGGAGCCGCGGGGCAGCCAUGGCGGAGCCCGAGGCCGCGGCCGAGGAGGUGGACGCCUUCAUCGACGACCUGGACUACCUCCCCGGCCACUUCCACCUGGAGAUGCAGCUGAACUUCGAGCCGCGCUCGCCGGCCUCGCUCCACGCCCGGGACCUGAAGCUGCAGCGGGACGGCCUGCGGCAGGAGCUGGCGCUGACGGCUGCCACGCAGCGUCCCGCCGUGCGCCACCUCCUGGGCGCCUUCGCCUUCUACCUGGAGGAGCUGGAUGAGGCCCGCGAGAGCUUCCUCGAGGUGGCCCGCGAGGACCCGGGCAACCUCAACGCCUGGGCCAAUCUGGUGCACGUGUACGGGCGGCUGGGGCAGAAGGAAGAGGAGGAGGCGUGCGCCGAGCGGCUGGCCGGCCUCAUGGGCCUGGCGGGGGACCGCGGGGCCGCCGGGGACCCCCCGCUCCGCGCCGCGCGCUGCCUGGCCGAGCAGGGCUACGCGCACGGCUUCGACGUGGGCUGCGCCAGCCCAGAGGAGCGGGCGCGGGUGCUGGAGGCCGGCAUCGAGCUCUAUGACAAGGCGCUGGGCCACGCGCAGCAGAUCCCGAACGAGGAAAAAAGGGGCUGGUACUUCACCAUGGCAACGCUCUUCAUCAGGUUAGAUGGCAUCUUCCUGGAGCUGGGCAGCGAGGAGCAGAAGAGGUUGCCGACCUUCAACCGCACGCUGGCCCUGCUCCGGCAAGUCCUCAAGUCGUCGGAACCCCACCACCAAGCUCUGGCCUGGUGCUACCUCGGGAUGCUGCUGGAGAGGAAGGACACCUUCUCCAUCACCCCCAUGGGCAUCCAUGACUGCGGGUUUUCAGGGACCGACCCCCUGGACUGCUUUGGCAAGGCCAUUGAGAUUGCCAAGGACCAACCCCCCAUCCUGAAUCACCUGGCCAAAAUCUUCCACUUCCUCGGAAAGCAGGAUAUGGCCAUGGGUACCUGCAACAUGGCCCUGGACACCCUACACGAUCCGGAGCUCAACUGGCAGGCGUUCUGCACAAGGGCCAAGAUCCACGUCAGAGCCUACCUGCAUGACCUGGAGCGAAGCAAGAUGGGGCUCGGGGGCAUGCCUGACAGGAACCACCUGGCCUGCGCCAAGGCUGACCUCGAGGAGGUGGUCAAGGUGUGCCCAGGCCUCAAGACCUACCUGAACAUCGGCCAGGUCUACUACUACAUGGGCGUGGACGCUGUGCAGGAGCAGCUGGCGGUGGACGAGGCGGCGCUGAACCAGGCGCUGGUCUUCCUGGCCAAGGCCGGCGAGUCGGAGCUGGGCGCCACGCUGCCCGAGCUGCAGCUGUUGCGCGGCAAGUGCCUGCGCAUCAAAGGCGAGGAGGCCAACGCGGCGGCCUGUUUCAAGCGCGCCGUGGAGCUGGACGACGCGGGCUCCAGCCACACCGAGGGCUUCGGCUGCCUGCUCGAGGCGCUGCUGGCGCAGUGGAGCCAGGCGCAGCUCAGCGACGGCGAGCUGGGCAGCGAGGUGGACGCGUGGCUGCGCUGCGCCCAGGACAAGUACCCGGCGGCGCGCCUGCGCCAGGAGCUGCAGCGCGUGUGGCGCGGCCACACGGGCGAGGUGCUGGGGCUGGCCCGGGCCUUAGUGGCCCAGGGACGGCCGGCGCUGGUGCGGCUCCUCUUCGAGACCAUGCAGCGCGAGGGCACGGGCCCACGGAGGGGCCGCCGCGCGUUCUCCUUCGAAGGUCCCUGAGGCCCCGCCCCGUUGAGGCCCCGCCUAUAAGUGAUUGGACCUGGUCGGGGCGCUGCACAUCGGCUUUCACUGCCGUAAGCUGGCGGGUUCGGGGAGCCGUCAGAUUCUCUUUCGGGAAUUGGAAUGGAAACGUUAGGACCCUAGGACGGUUUGACGUGCCUACGGAGGCAAAAGGGCCUGAUUCAGCUGGGGCAGACGCGAGGGGCCACUGGGAAACUGAAUUGAAGGACCAAAUUGUACAAAUAUGCAGAAAAAAUAAUAUGGAGCCUCCCAAGAGAUACAGAAGAUAAUUGCCUCCAUUUUGGUGGCUUUCUAGUACCCAAGAGCCUGUCUUUGGAUUCCGUGAGCCACGCUCUAUCCUUAUAAUAAGGCCCCCUUUGCUUAGGUUGACUGGAGUAGGUCUCAGGUCCUGCCUCCAGGGAAGCCGUGGCUAGAGAAGAGGGCACAGCUGCUAAGGAGCAAGUAAGGGAAGGGCGGUAGUCUACACCUGGCUGCUCAGGGCUCUUUCCUGCCUCUCUAGCAGCCUUGCAGCAGGCCUCAUCCUUGGCCAGCUUGGUCUGAAAGGCCCUCAAACUCCCUGAAAUAAAGCCCAUCAGUAGUACCUUUGCUUGGCUUCUCUGUUCUUGGGGGAAAGUAGGGGCACCACCCGAGGAAGUGCCAACUGCCCCCAAUCUCAAACCUUCUACAAAAGAGUGAAGAAAAUCUUGGAAUUUUGGAAUCAUAGUCAUAGACUCUUAGACGUGGAAUUUUAUUGUCAAAGUACUUAGGCUCUGAUUGCCAGCAGAACGUCCAAGCUGGAUUCUUGUGGUCCUACUUACUUACAAGAGCUAAUUUAACCUAAAAUUCCAAAUCAAGUUCUUUCCAGACUGCAAGAAUGCUGGUUGUACGUAAAUGCAAUGGCAAGACCCCCUUCAUGGUUUGUGAUUUAUUUUGCACUUUUCCCCUUUAAAAAAAAAAAAGUUAUACUCACUGCUUUGUUCAUUUUCCUGAUGCUCAGACUGUACCCAGGAUAGGCCAGCACCCCUGCAUCGUUUCUCAUGUCCCCAGUGACAGAUGGAGAACAGACCGAAAAGUGCAAUCCCUAGAGAUCACGCGCCCGGAUGUCUCAUUGUGCACGUGGGAAGACUGAGAGCCCUGGAAGGGAAGUAGCUUGCUCAGAGUCACACUUCCUAGCCUCCCCACCCCUGUCCCUCCAACUUACUCUCAGCAUUUUUCAGGUUUGGAAAAAUACUAAUAAACUGGUAA